AAGCCGCUGAUGGAGAAGAAGCGACGCCAGAGAAUCAACCGCUGCCUCAACGACCUCAAGACGCUGGUGUUGGAGGCCCUCAAGAAGGAUCCCUCCCGCUACAGCAAGCUCGAGAAGGCGGACAUCCUGGAGAUGACGGUGCGCCACGUGCAGGCACUCCAUCGGCACGACCUCGUGGGCGUGCGAGGCCGAGUGGCGGGCGGCGACGAGAAGGGCAAGUACCGGGCAGGAUUCACUCAGUGCGCGGUGGAGGUGACACGCUACUUGGCCAACAUGGGCGGCAGCGUCCCUCAUGACCUCCAGGCCAAGGUCAUCGCUCACCUGAACUCGGUCACCAAGAGCCUCAUGGGUCAAGCCUCCGGAGUGCCUGCGGGGAGCGGGUUGGCCUCCGGCAGCUCUAGCGUCGUCGUGGGCGGGGGCGUUGUCACCCUCACGCCCUCUGCCCCUCCGCCUUCCACUGCCUCCUCCUCGGCCCCUCUGGCACCGCCUCUCGUCGUCACCACCGUCGCGGACUCAAGCACGACCUUGGCCGGCCUCUCGGAGCGGUGUCCAGCCUCGUCGGGUGAGAUCCCCGCCCGGCGCCUGGGCGAGUCGACUGUCAUGGAUGCCACGCCCUCACAGGGCCCUGUCACGGUUGGCGCCGGUGUGACCCUCGUGCCCGCUCGGCUGGCGUCUGGUCAAGUGGCACUCGUUCUUCCCCCCGGGACGACGCUGCCCCCGUACGAUGCCCCGCAGUCGGUAGCCCCCACGAGCAAGUCUUCGCUCGAGUCCGUUGCCUCUUCCUCCUCGAACUUUGGCGUGUCGAGGCUCGAGGACUCGUCGACAGACUACUCCAGCAUGUCCCUCUCGACUCAGCUGUCGUCGACGCCCUCGUCCUUCGGGGGGCCUCGCAUCGUGACCUUCACGAGCCGCCCUCACGAGGGGUUUCUAUACAGCGUCUCUGAGGCGUCCUCCGCCCCCUACACGACGCCCUUCAAAGGCCCUUCGGGAUUCGCGGACGUCCCUCCCUCUUUUCUUCCGCCUCCGCCUCCCCUCCUUCCGCUGCCUGAGGACGACGCCUCCUCCUCCGUGGACGCCCUUCAGGAGACACCUUUCCCUCCCGCUCCAUCCGGCCGGGAACAAAGCUCCUCCUUCUCCUCCGCCGAAAAGGGAGGCCCGGCGCUCUCCACGGACGCGUCUCGGGGCGUCGGCGAACACACCGGCGAAGCGAGACUCGUCUCUUCUGAGGCUUCUGCGGAAACGUGUCCAAGACUCGUUCCUUUCCACCCGUCCCCCAGCCUGAAGCUUUCCGUCAGCUUCUCAGACUCGAGUAAAGCAGAGAGUCAGAGAGCGUCCUCAUACCUGAGCCUGUACUCUGACCCAGCCUCAGCUGCCCCGGUUGUCCGCCCGACGCCCACGUUGCCAGAGGGCGUCGCCUUGCCGUCCUCUCGCCCGGAACACGCCCAGGGAACACCCUCGCUGUACCCCCUUCGUCCUGAUAGCUCCUGCUCUGCCCAGCCUCCAGCAGCGACGUCCUACAGGUCGUCCUUCGUCACUGUUGUCUCGUCCUCCGUAUCUUCCUCAUCAACGAGCGUCUCGUCAGCCCCAAAUGCUCCUUCGACGCCCAUUGUUUCGUCGACUUCCGGUGCUCCGACGAGUCUCAGCGUCUCAACGGCUCCUAGCAUCCCAUCCAUCCUUUACGUGUCGUCAACUCCCAGUGUCCUACCCGGUAAAGGCAACCCAUCCAGUCCCAGUGUCCCCUUGAAACCCGGUGUCCCAGUAACUCCCAGUGCCCCGACAAUGCCCUAUCACCCUUCAUCUCACAGCGCCCUGCCGACGUCCACAGUCCAGCCAACCUUCAGCCUUCCACCCGUGAUCACGUUCCCCCUCGCCCCUCACCCCCUCUCCGUCAACCGCCCUUCCAUCCACUUCAGACGCUCCCCCAACGCAAGUAACCUCCUCCUCCGUCGCGCCUCCUUCGUCCUCCAUUCUGGCAUCGCUCUCCGUCCCAGCAAGGAACCCCUGGUCGGAAUCCAGUGCCCUUCGGACGCCAAGCUCUCCGCCGAAAGCUGCGCCUUCUUCGAGUGUCGCUGAUCCGUCGCCUCCCGCCACAGGUCCUCCCGGCACCCAUAUUUCCGGCUCAUUAACAACAAUUAAUAGUGCACCCAUUACCUGCUCCUCAUCAUCUUCUGAUAC